AUGUACCAACGGAACAACAUGAUGCGCAAACCGCACGCGGACAUCCCGGUGUAUUACAACGGCCCGGGCGCGAGCGCGAUGCCCGGGAUGGGCGGCGGCGGGGGGUCGAGCCGCGAAAGAGAGCGAAAGAGAGGCCGCGGCGGUGCGAUCCCGUGGCACCUCCUCACGAAGUCGAACGUCUACGCCGCGUGCAAGGGCAUCCUGUUCGUGUGGUGCGUCCUCGCGCUCGUGUGGGUGGGGAAACUCCACGGAGACAAGGAGGAGCUCAAGGGGAAGCUCUCGUCGACCGGCAUCCAGAAGGUGCGCGAGUCCAUCGCGCAUCGGAGAGAGAAGGAGAACCUCCACAAAGAGAUCGAGGCGCACAAGGAGAAGCACGGCGAGGCGCACUCGCGCGCGGAGGAAGCGACCGCGAUCGCGUCGAAGCACGCGGAUGAUCUCGACAAGCUGCGCGCCGAGCUCGACCACGCGCGAUGGGAGACGUCGGAGAGGGACAAGAGCUUGAGGCAGCUCGAGGCGCGUCUGAAGAAGUGCGAGGACAGAAGCGCGAGGCGCGGCCGGGGCUCGCCCGUCCCGCCGAAGACCGGAAACACCUCGCCGUCGCCGACGCCCGGAAACCGAACCGCCGCGGGUGCCGAGAGGACGGCCGAGGAGCGGCGGGUGGUUCGGCGGGGAUACGAAGCCCAAGUCGCCGGAGGAGAGACGCGCGGCGAUGGAAGAUCCGGAGACGGAUGA